CAAAGUGCAAUGUACUCUCUGGAGAAAAAGUGGAAGAAGCUGAACAACCCAGUGAUAUAGAAGAAGGAGGAUUAGAUCUCACUGUGUCACUCAAACCUGUCAGUUUCUACAUUGGGGACAAAAAGGAAAUGCUUCAACAGUGUUUCUGUGUCAUAGGGGAGAAGAAACUACAGAAGAUGCUGCCUGAUACUUUAAAGAACUGUUCUAUGGACGAAAUCAAAAGACUUUGCAUGGAGCAGUUGGAGCUGUUAUCUGAAAAAAAACUGUUGAAGAUACUUGAAGGGAAGAUUGGAGCUGAUUCUGAUACUGACGAGGAGGCAGAUGGAGGAGACAAGACUGGAGGUGAUUCAGUCAGUCAACAGGACAACAGUAUAGACUCAACUUCUUCUCUGAGAGAAGACAGCAAGCUCGAAGGUCAGGAAUCAAAACAAGGCAAAGGAGAAGAUAGUGAUGUCCUUAGCAUAAAUGCAGAUGCAUAUGACAGUGACAUAGAAGGCCCUUGCAAUGAAGAGGAUGGCCCAGAUGUACAAGAGAGCACUGUCAGAACUGGAGCUGGUCAGAUAGAAGACCUUCAGAAGGACAUUGAGAAGAGUGUGAAUGAGAUACUGGGGUUGGCAGAGUCCAGCCCAAAGGAGCCCAAAGCAGCAACUUUAGCUGUUCCUCCAUCAGAAGAUGUUCAGCCAUCAGCACAACAGCUGGAGCUUCUGGAACUUGAGAUGAGGGCCAGAGCUAUUAAGGCUCUGAUGAAAGCUGGUGAUGUAAAAAAACAUCCCUGAGACUGUUCAGAUUUCAUUUUCACUAUUUGUUUUGAAGAAGGUGACGUCUGUUCUCUUCAGUGCUACAGUAUGUUUGGGUUGGGUAUGACAUUCCUCAUUCAGACUGUGUUGUAUAUCCUGACCUGUGUGUCUGUGAUCUGUUGCCUUUAGUGUGCUGCUUCCUUGACAUGCACAAACAGAAGUUGAUGCUCCUCCCUGAGAUGAGGUGUCCUUGUGCUGGGUCACCUCCUCAAAGAGUGUGCAGGAACCUGGUGCCUUCCAAAAGGGUUGUUGGAGAGACUUAAAAGUCAUAAAAUGGUCAGGGUUGGAAGGGAUUGAGACGGCUUAAUUCUUCUUGGGGCCCAUCUCAUCAUAAUGUAGUACUGUAAUUAAAAUGUGAUGGUUUGUUUAAAAGCAUACUCAAUUUUUUGAAAUUUGAACUCCUAAAGGGAAGUAUUUUUAUCUUUAAAAUAAACCAUUGAACAUGUUGUUU